AUAUUUUGAUAAUUUGAAAUGGUCGGAGAUAAGCAAACAAAUUCAAGUCCAUAUGCACAAGGAGAGCAUUCAAGCUACGGAGACCCACCUUCCCAUGCCAGGAUUGAGCCAUAUCCAUCUGGUCAGCAGAAGAGCAAGUUUAUUCGGGGAAUAAACAACUCCAAUCGUAAGAAUAAUCAUCAAGCUCAGUCACAAAAUUCUAAAGAGUUGGUAGGAGAACACGAGGACAAUAUAAAUGAGCAUCUGCGUAUUUCCCUCAAGAGAAGAAAUAAACCAUUGGUUCUAGUAGAACAAGGAAUUCGAAGCGGUACAAAGGAAAGAUUAGAGAUAUCUCACAGUGGCUCAAAGGGCAAAUAAAGGAAGCUAUAACAACGGAUAUAUGUAUGGUACACAUAUGCAGUUCAACCCCAAGAAGAGACUCACUUUGUAUGAUAAUAAUGGGAAAAAGUGGAAAGACCUUGGUUCAAGGCAAUCAAAGAGGCAGCAAAGCCAUAAUAAUCAUCAUUACAGAAUUGGUACCACUGAUAGUUACCCAUAUUACGGUGCUAAACAGAAAUUUGUCAAGGUAAAUAGGAAGGCCAGACAACUACCAAAGUUAUCUGAAAAUUCCUCUCAAAAGAAUGCAAAAAGUAUCCCGUUCACAACAAAUCAAAUUCCGAGCAAGACUUAUAACAAUGGUUUCAGGGUGAAAACUGGAAUAAUUGAAAACCAGGGUGAGGAGAUUAUCCCGCCUCGGGCUCAGAAGUAUAAUAAGAUAUUGGGGCAACAAAUCAGGAUAGAAAUAAACCAACACAAAAUCGAACAGGAAGAUAUGAAAACUAAUCCGAUCGAAUCCCAAAAUUUGCUAUUUUAUGAUUUCAAUGCUGGAGCUAGGCAUUACAACUUUGGUGGAGUCAAUGAUGCAAGACUAUCUACCAGAGAGGAUUUCAGAAGAACAGGCAUGGCAGGCGCAAAAUUUUUGGAAAAUAAAAUAGAACCUGGAGAAACCCAUGCGGAAACGGGAAAGCGGAGGCCAAUCACCUCCCAUUUUAGAUGAGGAGAUAGGCUUCCAUCAAGAGCAUCAAAGACAAGAAACAAAUCCAGAAGGAUUCAUAUUGGAAAUAGGAAAUAAAGUUGCUAAGAGGCAGCAGCAAGAGCCGAUUAAAAAGCACCCUUAUACAAAGAAAAGCUUGUCUCCUCAGCGAAAUUUGAUAGCUGACUCAAAUUCAAAACUGAUCCCCCCUAACAUACUGGAUUAUCAUCAACUGAGACAGGAGAUCAACACAGCAGUGCCAUUGAAAAAAACUUUCUUAGAAGAGACUUCAAAACCUCAAAUGUGCAUUAUGGUGUCUAGAAGCAAGCUAAUGGCCAACCCCCGCUUCUGUAGCAGGGAGGACAAGAUAGAGGAGGAGAGUGACAAUAUAGAUUCUGACAAUAACUUAGCUUAA